AUUCAAUUGUGCCGAGGAUGCCCGAUUGAGAAAAAAAAGAUAAUUUGCCAAAUUAUUGCAGGAUUAUUUGUUGAUUUUUAUUGCGAUAAAAUCAAUCUUUUGAAAGGAAACUAUAAUUUGUGAUGGCUGAAGGACUUACAUCUCAGUUCCCAACCUGCCUAGAUGACAGACCUUAUAAAUGUUUUUCGGAUGAAUAUUGUAAGUCAUUCUUUAAAGUGCUGCAGCAACUGAGAUAUGAUGAGUCAUUCUGUGAUGUAAGUCUACAAGUAGAUGAUCAAGCGUUCCCAUCUCAUAAGGUGGUUUUAAUGGCAGGUAGCCCUUAUUUUCAUGCCAUGUUUAUUAACAAUAUGGCCGAGCAUGACAAACAGAGUAUAGAUAUAGGUGGUGUGUCCAAACAAAUAUUCUCAAUUAUAUUAGAAUUCUUAUAUUCAGGUGAGAUAGAGGUAACCGAGGAUAAUUGUGAAGAGCUACUGAUAGCUGCUGAUAUGUUCUCAGUGUCAGAGAUUGUCAGUUUAUGUUGUACAUUCCUCACAGACAAAUUACAACCAGAAAACUCUAUAGGUAUAUAUCUGUUUGGUGCUACAAUAUCAUGUGAUCCUCUCAAGAAAGAAGCAGAGAAAUAUAUACAUAAACACUUCCUGAAGAUCUCAAAAGAAGAAGAAUUUCUUAAUCUUGAAAAAGAAUAUGUUAUACAGUUUUUACAGAGUGAAUGUUUACAUGUAGAGAAUGAGUACCAGGUUUUUAAAGCUGCAAUGGACUGGAUACUGCAGAAAACAUUAGAGAGGAGAAAACACAUUUUUGAUGUUCUUGCACCAAUCAGAUUUCCUGUAAUAUCUGAUGGACAGAUGGACAAAUAUUUAUCUUCCCUUGGUGAAUCUGAACUCAGUAUAAAAGUGGCAUUACAGAAAAUAUUAAAUGACUUUAAAUCAGAAAGGAAAACUUUUGGUUUGAUAGAUAACAAAAUGAAAUCUUUGAAGCACCAUUUGAUGGUACCAAGACGAUGUGCUAGAAAAAAUAUUUAUUUAUGUGGAGGGUUUACACGCUUGAAGGGAGACCGAUGGAGUGAUGCAAAGACACUGAAUACAGUAGAGAGAUAUGACACAUUUUACAAAACCUGGCAUGAAAGUCCAAGUUUUCAAUUCCACAGAAGUGCCCUUGGAGCUGGUGUUUUGGAAGGGCAAGUAUGUGUUGUUGGUGGUGAAAAUGACAUGUUGAUUCUAGAUUCAGUAGAAACAUAUGAUCCUGUUACAUAUGAAUGGAAGACUCUACCUGGUAUGACUUCACCAAGAUGUGGUCUUGGAGUAUGCAGUAUAGAUAAUUGUCUGUAUGCAGUAGGUGGAUGGGUGGGGUCAGAGAUAGGGAGCACUGUGGAGAAGUAUGACCCAGAGAUAAAGGAAUGGAUGGUGAUAUCACAUUGUAGAUCUUUGAAAUGUUGGAUGGGUAUUACAGGAGAUAAUGGUUUGAUGUACCUGGUUGGCGGCUGCAAUGAUCUUAGUGAUGAGCUUAAAUCUGUUGAAAGUUUUAAUCCUGUCACCAAGGAGUGGACAAAUCUUCCUGAUUUAAACAUAAAAAGAUCAUAUACUGGAGUUGUGGUUCUUGACGAUUGUCUUUAUGCAGUAGGGGGCUGGAAUGAGCCACAUGGUGCUCUCAAAUCGGUGGAAAAACUGGACUUUAAAAAGGGAUACUGGAUAGAAGUUGCUCCAUUAUCGACACCAAGGGCAGCGGCUAGUGUAGUGGUUGUAAACAAUAUGAUAUAUGUGAUGGGUGGUCGUAACUCGAAUCAGGAGUUCACGGCUCCAUCCACUCUAGACACUAUGGAAGGCUACGAUCCUUGUACCAAUACGUGGAUUGAUUUAGGGACCAUGUUAACUGGCAGGUGUGAAGCUGCGGCUGUUAUUAUAUGAAGUAUUGGUUUCUAAAACCAUUUGAUUGAUUGGUACUUAUUAGUGGAAUGGAGAUUUAAAAUUUGCAUGUGUUUAUGUUUGCCAGAUGUUAAGCGUUUGAUUUGCAACAUGAAAAAACUUUGAUGAAUUAUGUAUAGUUUACCUGUAAAAUAAGAAACCUGAAUGAUUUUUAAGAAGUUUUGGGUGCUUUUGUUUGGCUUAUUGGAAAAAAAUUCUUUGUUUUGUUAUUUAUUUAUUAUUUUGAAUUGUUUAUUUAUCAUAUAUAUAAAGAAUAUAAAUGUAAAAAAUGCAAUAGACAUACCACUGUGAUAUAUAAAUUUAAGGUUAUUGUUUGAUUUUACAUUUGAUGUGGGUAUUAGCUUAUACAUGAACAUUGAUUGCCUUACUGUAUAUUGUUAGACAUAAAAACUAAAACUCAAUAUGAUUGAAAUAUUCAUUGAUAGUGAAUGAAUAUUUUCUGGAAAUUUUGCUUGAUUUGAAGCAAUUUUAUCAUUUCAGCCAAAUUGUUACUUAUUUACUUCAUUUCCAUGUAAAACAUUGUGUUUAAAUAAAUUUUGUUGAUAUUAUAAUGUAUGUUUUAUUUACUUAUCUUUACAAGCAUAUUUUACUGUUAUGAAGUAAAUACAAUCAUCUUUCAGCAUACCUUAGUCAAGGUUAUUUGCUUUUUAAUGUGAAACUUUUUUGAAUAUAGUAAACAUACAAAAAAAUAAUGUACAGAAAUUAUUGUGUCUUCCGUUAGACUUUUGCUUUUCAUAUGCAUUCCAGUAACAUUUUAAAAUGGUAUAUUCUGUUUCAUUGUUCAGAUUUAUUUCUGUGGGUGAAAGGAGUAAAAAAGAUAGGAAAAUAUGUGUGUUCCACGACUUAAUAUCUAUUAAAUAUUGUGUUCCAUGACUUAAUAUCUAUUAAGUACAGUUAUAAUAUGUAUUGUAAUUAUAAUGUAAUGUAAGUAUGGUAUUUUUGUUAAGAAUUUAGAGCAACAAAGGCACUCCAUCUUGUACAGAGAAACAU